UACUGUGUUCGUGUAGGAGUUCUUCUGACGGUCAUAAUACCUAUUCUAUUGUCGUUUUUUCUCCAAAUUGAAAUAAAUCCAGCCUACAGAUGCAUGUACGCAACGCUGAUAAUGAUAAUCUACUGGAUGACUGAAACCCUUCCAUUGCCGGUGACCUCCCUGCUUCCAGUGGUUCUCUUUCCACUGCUGGGCAUUCUAGGCACUGAUGAAACCUGUCAGAUGUACAUGAAGCAGACGAUCAUGAUGUUUAUGGGUGGAAUUAUUAUGGCACUGGCUAUCGAGUAUUGCAAUUUGCACAAAAGGAUAGCUUUAAGGGUGAUUGUGUCAGUUGGGUGCAGUCAGCGCAGUUUGAAUUUCGGAUUGCUGUUGGUAACGAUGUUCGUUUCAAUGUGGAUCUCGAACACCGCCACAGUGGCUAUGAUGUGUCCGGUCGUUAAGGCUGUUCUGGAGGAACUGGAAGAGCAAGGAUUGUGCCAAAUGUUUGUACAAGGAGUUGACAGUAUUGUUCUACCCAAAAAUCAUACUAAUGAGCAUAUUAAGCCAAGCAACAUAACCAUCUGCUAUUACAUGGGAAUUGCAUACGCUGCCAGCAUCGGAGGCUGUGGCUCUCUAUUCGGUUCCGGGACAAAUCUAGCCUUCAAAGAGAUUUAUGAAAGUCAUUUUCCUAACGAAGGAUUUGUGGAUUUUCCACGUUUUAUGAUAUUUAAUGUCCCUGGGAUGCUACUGGGAAUGUUCCUAAUUUGGGUGUACCUUCAAGUUGUUUAUAUGGGAAUGUUCCGACCAAACAGUAGCGCAGCCAAGAACUCUCAGAUCAGCCUUGAAGGUCAAGUGAUCGCUCGAUCUGUAAUAGUUGCUCGAUAUGAAGAAUUGGGUCCGAUGUCAAGCCACGAAAUUAGUGUGGCGGUACUAUUCGUUCUAUCGAUUGGAGUAUUUUCCACCAGACAGCCGGGGUUUGUGACAGGCUGGGCGGAUCUGCUGUCGGAAGUGAAAAUUCACGACGCAUCUCCGACCGUGCUCUUUGUUAUACUACUAUUUCUUCUGCCCGAUAACUGGAAAUGGUUAAACUAUUUUAGGAAACAAUCAAGUGGGAAAGGAAACGUCAUAAAGCUCCCAUCAAACCCUACGCCUGGUCUCAUCUCCUGGGAGUACAUCGCUGAGAAAACACCGUGGAGUCUUAUAUUUAUGCUCGGUGGAGGAUUUGCGUUGGCGGAGGGUGCCCGAGUGUCCGGAAUGACCACUAUGAUCAGCGAGUCAUUGACAUCGCUCAAAGAUUUGCCACUGCUUCUAGUAUUACUGUUAGCAUGUAGCAUAGCUGAGGUGCUAACGGAAUUUGCAUCUAACAUAGCCGUAUCUAGUGUGCUUCUACCAAUACUAGCAGAAAUGUCGCUAGCCUUUGAGAUUCAUCCCAUGUAUUUGAUGCUACCAUCAGCCAUAGCUAUUAGCCACGCAUUUAUUCUUCCGGUGGGAACGCCUGCAAUCGCAAUUGUUUCGGGGAUGGGUCAUAUCGGUAUGAAGGAUCUCCUAAAGGCAGGAUUGGGAGCAAAAAUAAUAGCGCUGCUUAUUUUGUGGAUAGCAUUUCCACUCUGGGGACCAUGUGUGUAUUCAGAAAUUGAGAUUUUUCCUGAGUGGGCAAUACUUUUAACAAACAGCUCUGUAGUAUAAUUACUUGUUGUGAAUAGUAUAAUUAGCUACGAAGAAAAAUAUACCGAGUUAC